UACAGUGCAAUACUUUGACUGAUCUCCAUGCUCACUGGCAGAUAGAGGCUUCUCGGGAUUCCGAGAACCAAAAAUCUGCCCCGACCUCUGGUUUUCUAUAACAACCAUUCGGAUGAAAGAGCGAGAAAGAAUUUAGCUCCUUAUUAAUGCGUAUCAUGUAGAGACGUAAAAUACAGUUGCUAGUGUACGAUGGAUUCAACCACGCACUGGCACUAGUAAUAAUACUUCUUUCUUGUCAGAGACAGGAUAUACGGACGUGAUUGCACAUUUCUAACUGCAGAGCCAUAGGGAUAUAAAAUCGCCAUGUAUAUUUAUCUAUAUGUAUCCAUCGAUUCCCAGUUUACAUGUGGGAGGGCUCUCUGUUCCAGCUACCGAGCACUGACCCCAACACACCCCAUCAGCUGUGCAACGACUGGUAGUUGAUGAUACAAAGGGGGAACUGAUUGAUUGAUCGAUCAAGCAGUCAAGGUAGCUGUAAAUAUAUCACAUCCAGUAUAUUUCCGUAAAUGUAAGUAAAGCAAUGGUAUUUGAUAGACCAUCUUCAUCAUUGUGUCAAACAAACCACAACCAGUUGAUCUUCAUGAUUAUACUUACACAUUUCACAUCUAAACCAUCACGACUGUAUCUAGCAUCUAUACAGGUUAUAAUCGACAGUUCAUCAUAAUCUUAUCUGAGCAGAUCUACCACGGUUGUAAUCCAAACUUAAUUCCCGUGCUGAUUUAGUAUCACGAACAACUCUCCACCAGUUUACCAUACAAACUAUCAUCGUUGGACUUGGAAUGUGAACUGUAAUCUUGCACACUGCUGAUCUAUUCUAUAAAAUACAGUGUUUGGUGCAUGAUUGAUUCGACAGCUAACAGUACAAUUCAAAGAGAAAAAAAAGUUACUCCAUCUGAUUCAUAUUACUUGUCACACAAAAGGAUGUCACUAGCACUGAAAUACGUCUAGAUACAUCCGUUUGAGCGACAAGUAAUAUGGAUCGGAGGGAGUAUGUAUGAAUGCAGCAGUACAUUUGUUGAUGCAAGUUGGGAAUGUUUAAUCAUGUAUUAAGCGUUCAAGGUAGGAAGUUGCCCAAGUCUUGUCUGGUCACACAAACUAAACCCAGGCAGGAGAAUGGAUAUAAAAUUGACCAUAGAGUGCUAGUCUUGUCUGGUCAGACAAACUAUAGGAAAAUGAUUCCAAGUUCACAUGUGGGUGGGCCCUCGGUUCCAGCUAAGCCACCGUGCAUUGAGUCUUGAGACUCUUGACUUGGUAACAUACAUUGGUUGUGGGUUGAUAUAUAAAUUCAAGCGAGAGCCCAUCAAUCUGAUAGCAAAUUAAGCAAAUGGCACCCAUGUCCUCCAACGUCAUGGAAGCCGGAGCUACACAAACCACCGAGCAGGGCCAUGGCGGAAGGGAGGCUGGCAGUGCAGCUAAAGACGAGGACUCAAAGCUGUAUGAGUUCAAGGAGCAGCUCCUGCUGCUGUCGACUCUGGUUGCAACGGUGACGUACGUUGCCGGGCUGAACCUUCCCGGGGGAUCCUGGGAGCAGGAUGACCCGGGAGGGCAUAUGGCCGGCGACCCGAUCCUUCGGGAUACCCACUACCGCCGGUACCUCGCCUUCUACUACUGCAACGCCACCGCCCUCGCCGCGUCGCUCGUGGUUUCCCUCAUACUCAUCAUCCUGCCGAAGAAGAAACAAUACUGGACACUGGUGCUGAGGAUGGUGAUGGUGCUCGACCUACUAGGCCUCAUGGGAGCCUAUGGUGCCGGGAGCUGCCGUGAUGCAUUCACGACUGUCUACGCAGCGGUAGCCUUCUUCAUUUUGGUAUUGAUCAUCAUUUAUGUUUUCUUAUACGUCUUGCUCAAUCGUGAUGAUGAGGUCCACCCCAACUCCACCCCCACUGCAACUCCAUCUCCAUCUACGCCUCCAAUUCCUACUCUGUCCACCCCAAGUCCAUCUCUAUCUCCACCUCCAAUUCCCACUCUGUCCACCCCAACUCCAUCUCCACCUCCAAUUCCCACUCUGUCCACCCCAACUCCAUCUCCAUCUCCAUCUCCAAUUCCCACUCUGUCCACCCCAACUACAUCUCCAUCUCCAUUUCCAAACCCUGAUUCCUAUUCCUACUCUCACUCCAUCUCCAGUUCCAGCUUGAACCGUGACUCCAACCCCAAACCCAAGUUCAACUUGAACCCUCACUCCAACCCCAAACCCGAUUCUAACUCGAGCCCUGACUCCGACAUCAAACCCAACUCCAUCUUCAUCUCCAAGUCGACCUCCUUCGUCGAUGCCGUGAAGCGAGUCCAGGCAGAGAAUGAUGUGGUGAGGUCACUCGCUGACGUCAAGAUGCAAGCAGAGAAGGAGAAGAUUGAUGUGCUGAUGUUACUUGCAACCUUCGCAGUCACCAUCACAUACGUUGCUGGGCUCAGUCCACCUGGUGGGUUCUGGAGCAGCACCCAAGAUGGACACCGUUUGAGCGACCCGGUGUUACAAGCCCGUGGCCGGUACCGCGCAUUCUUUGUUUGCAACACCACUUCAUUUGCCGUGUCCCUGCUCAUCAUCGUGUUGCUCUUGGAGAAGAAACUGCUCAAGAAGAAGCUGCUCAAGAAGAAGCUGCUCAUUAUCUCAGUUCGGUUCGCCCUCUAUGUGUUGAUCGCUGUCGCUUUGCUGGGCCUCAUGGUAGCCUAUGCUGCUGGGAGUUGCAGGGAGGCUGAUAAUACUGUCUUUGUCCUUACCCUCACUGCUGUGGUUCCUGUCUGUGUGUGCCUCCAACUGGCCUUUGUUACUUGCACCGAUUGUUGGAAAAGACCCACGACCAAGUUUGGUGAUGUCUUGGGAUGGUUCAAGACUCCUCGAGGCACCUCCACAAGCACGGACAUCCAGCUACACAUUCAUAACACCCGCUAUCUUGUUAUGCUCCUUGCUACUCUUGUGGUGACCAUCACUUACCAAGCAGGACUAGAUCCGCCUGGUGGCCUGUGGCUAGAUAGCCAGGAUGGGCAUACAAUCGGCCACCCGGUGCUCCAAACGACACAUCCUACUCGAUACCAAGUGUUCUUCUACAGCAACUCCGCAGCUUUCGUCACAUCCUUGGUCGUCAUCAUGAUGCUCCAGAGCAAGUAUCUGCUCACACGGCACACACUUGAAGCAGCCCUAGUACUGGACCUAUUUGGCCUCAUUACUGCCUACGGUGCCGGAAGCACCAGGGACGUAAACGCGUCCUUCUACAUCAUCGCCUUGGCAGGCAUUGUCCUCGUCUAUGUCAUUGUCCAUAUCACAAUAAUAGACCAUGCCCCUGAGCCAGAGGGUGGCGAUGUUGCAGUAAAGCAUCUCGAUGACAAACGCAAGGUGCUACUGUUGGUUGCUAUCUUGGCCGCUACCCUCACAUACCAAGCUGGUCUCACCCCGCCUGGUGGCUUCUGGUUAGCAGAUGACCAAGGGCAUGGUCGUCGUGCGGGCUUCCCAGUCCUUCACGACAAUUACCCUCGUCGUUACCAUGCAUUCUUCUAUUGCAAUGGGGCGAGUUUCAUGGCAUCCGUAACACUCAUCCUUCUUCUUGUCAAUCCAAAGCUAUACAGGCCAGGUAUACGUUGCUAUGCGCUCUAUGUGUGCAUGCUGGUGGGCAUGGUUGGCCUCAUGGGUGCCUAUGCCGCUGGAAGCUCCCGGCAUCUUAAAACCUCCAUCUAUGUAUUAUCCUUGGUUGUCGCAGUGUCAGUCUUCAUAGCCUUGCUGGUACCCCUUUUCCGGUACAUCUGCAAAGACAACAGCACCAACAAUAUCGCCAUUCCUGCCACCGCCACCACCGCCCCCAACAAUACCAGCAAUGCCGCCACCACCAUCAAUGCCACCGCCACCGCCAACAAUAUUGCCGCCGUCGCUGCUGCCACUUCCACCACCACCAUCAUCACUACCAAGGAGAACGAUAAACUUGAAUACUUGAUGUUGCUAGGAAUCUUGGGCGCAAGUAUGACAUACCAGACUGGCCUAAAACCACCGGGCGGCUUGUGGCAGGACAACACCAAUGGACACUCUGCUGGCAACCCCAUCCUCCACGACAUCAACAAGCACCGGUACAAUGCUUUCUUCUACAGCAACUCCACUUCCUUUAUGGCCUCAAUCGUGGUUGUCGUCAUGCUUCUUCCAUUGACAAUUCAAAAGAAGUUUCACGGUCACAAUCUGCCACUCUGGCCGAUGCACACGGCCAUUUUACUGGACAUGAUUAGCCUCCUGGUGGCCUAUGCAGCAGGCAGUACUAGGAAGUGGGAAACCUCCAGACAUGUCAUGUUCCUCAUCAUCCCUGUGUUGCUCUACAUUGCGGUCUAUGCAUUAGCGUCAAUCUUCUACCACAGGAAGAAACAACGUGUGUUGGAAAGGUCAACCCUGAUUCUACCCCAACUGGCAGAGUCAAGUGAUUCUUUGUCAGGUCAAAUUCAGUAGUUCAAUUUUUGGGGAACAAUAUACAGAAACUUGUGGAAGGAACUGAAUAUGUAAUUUUGGGACAGAGUUUAUGAGAUA